GUUUAAUUUAUUUAAAACUACUUUUUGCUUUAAUCUUUUAUCCCGAGAUUUUUAAUAUUGAUUUUCUUCUUACAAAGAAAUCAUUCAAAUGAUUAUAAUUUGUGUAUAAUCAUUAUCAAAUAUAUAUUAUUGAUAUAGACAGAGCAACCAACGUAAUUUUAUAUAUUAUUCAUCAAAAAUGGUAUGUGACGGCCCAGACCCACCUGACGACUCUCCGCAAAACUUAAUACCUCCUCCUAGACACGAUUUGAUGGCCAAUGGUAAUCACGAAGACAGUGAUGAUGAACAUAAUGAUCAUUUUGGUUACGAACCCUUGCCACAAGGUCCUGAAUUAGUACUUUCGGAUCGAGAAAGUGAAGAGGAACAAGAUAGCAAUGAACACAAUGCAACUCCACCUAGCAAUGUACCACCUAUAGAGCCAAUGGAAAAUGCUUUAACGAGAGAAGUUUGGAGUGAGCCUCGCCACACUGAUCCUAUUGAAAUGGAUAAUGCGAGAGCACAGCAGGUUAUGUCUUUGAUGGCCAACUUUGCUUUACCUCAAGAUUCCAUACCAGAUUGGGCACAGAGUAUUUCGGAAGAACAGUGGAAACAGACACUUAAUGACAGGAUAGAAAAGCUACGCAGCAAUAGCUGUUUUUAGUGCAAAAGCGUGCGUCGCAAGGUCAAGGUCACGCGCGUCAACUCUUUAUUAAUGAAAAACUUUAAAGUUUAGUCCUUUUUUAUAAGAACUGACUUCGUUGAGUUUUUAAAACCGACUUAUGUCGAUUAUUUGUUUGGGAGUGUGUAUGUGAUUCUUUAACUAUUAUAAUAAUUAUUUAGAGUCAAUACAAAAUCAUUUUCAGUCAUUUCACAUUCGUGUUUUGUAUUCUUUAAAUAACGUGACUAGCUAUACUUUGCUUACUUAUUACUUAUUUUGGAUUUUUGACGUGAUUAAACUAUAAAAUAAUUUAGAAUAGUUUCAAAUAUUCAUUAAUGUAAGUAGAACAAUAAGGUUUAAUGAAUGCUAAUGAUUUUAAAUUCUCGGUCCUGUGUAUAAUAUACUAUAUUUAUAAAAUGCAAAACUUAUUCGUGUAUGUUUACUGUCUGAUUCAAAUGUAGGUGUACAAAUAUACAGUGUUAUCUCAUACUGAUUAACAUUUAUAAAAUGUUUGUAUUUAUUAACGACGUCUAUAUAACACCUUUUACAUCGAUUUAACGAUGAAACGAUCUGUAAGAACGGUUGAUCAAAUUUGGUCAUCUACUUAAGUGCUAAUUGUACACACAAAAACUAUUCUCAAAGACUUUUAGAAUAGUUUUAGUGGAAGAUUAAUAAUGUACGCUAUUAUAUUAUCGGGAUUAUCGUUUUUGUAGAGUAAAAAAAUUUUCAUAGUAAUUUGUAAUUUUAUUUAUUGUAAGGGAUGCAAAAAAUGUGCUUUCGUAUAUAUAAUAGAUUUUUUAAAAAAACUCUACGUAUCUUAUUAUUUGUCGUAUUAUGAUUCACAUCCAGUUUCUGAAAAGCCGAUCACUCAUUGGUCGAUGGCAGCCAUCAAAACAAUACGCGACCAAUAGGUGUUCAGUAUUAAGUCAGAUUAGUCAAUCUGACUUUGAAAUUUUAGAAACUGCCUGUUAAUUUUAUAGAAUAGAUAUAAUUAAAAAAAUGUUAACUUUACUAAUAAGUGAAAUAAAGAGAUAUGUAUGUACAAUAUUAAA